AUGGCAACGGCGCGCCGCCGGCCGCCGCUGAAGGGGUGGGCGAGGGGGCGGGGAAUGCGAGCGCGGAAAUCCCCGCCCCCGGCCUGCAGGGCGGCGGAGGCUGAGGCGGCCCGCAAGGAUUUGAAACCGUUUGGCGGCGGCGGCGGCGCAUCGGAAAGCUUGCAUGAAGUUCAUUUGAAAAAAUCUGCUGUUUCUUUGGAUGACAGCGACAUUGAAGCUCGCCUUAAUAGUUGGAAUCUUGGGAUAGAAAAUCCUCGGUACCUGAGACAGAAGCCUAUCCCAGUUUCUCUGAUGACUCCCAAAUUCAGCCUGAGAAAAUCCAGCAGUUUCCAUGAGGAUCAUUUACUCUCUCGAAUGCAUGAGAAAGAGUUGGACAUGAAAACCAAAAUGAUAGAAGCUAAAUGUCAUGAAGAGAAGCUUAAACUUCAACAGAAACAUGAUGCUGAUGUUCAGAAGAUUUUAGAAAGAAAGAACAGUGAAAUAGAAGAAUUGAAAACUUUAUACAAAACGAAACAAAAUGAAACGGAGGAGACCGUUAGAAAACUUGAAAAGAAAGACCCUUAUACGUGACUGUCAAGUUAUCAGAGAGAGUAAAGAAAACCAGAUUUCAG